UCGUUCGAUGUAAAUACAAAUGGCCACCUAACGAAAGGCUUUGGAGAGAAGCUGACGUUCAACCAGUACGGAUUAUUUAUACAGUGGAGUGGCCAAAAGUGUUACUGGCCUGAUGAACAUCGCAGCUAAAACCGACGACGAGCAAUCAGAGCUGCUAUUUGUUAACUUUAAUCAGGAUUGCACAUCAUUGGCUAUUGGAACUAGGACCGGUUACAAGUUGUUUUCCCUUAGCUCGGUAGAUAAAUUGGAACAAAUCUAUGAAAAUGAAAAUGAAGAUAUAUGUAUAGUAGAACGACUGUUCUCUAGUAGCUUGGUAGCAAUAGUAAGCUUGUCAUCUCCAAGGAAACUGAAAGUAUGUCACUUCAAAAAAGGCACAGAAAUAUGCAAUUACAGCUAUUCCAAUUCUAUACUGGCUGUAAGGCUAAAUCGACAGAGACUCAUUGUGUGUUUGGAGGAGAGUUUGUACAUUCACAAUAUUCGCGACAUGAAAGUUCUUCACACAAUACGUGACACCCCCCCAAAUCGGAAUGGACUUUGUGCAUUAUCAAUAAACAAUGACAAUUGUUUCUUAGCCUACCCUGGUAGUAAUCAAAUAGGAGAGGUCCAGAUAUUUGACACAAUGAAUCUAAGAGCAGUUAUAAUGAUACCAGCACAUGAUAAUCCAUUAGCAGCGUUGGCAUUCAAUAACCAAGGGACUAAAAUAGCAACAGCAUCAGAAAAGGGUACUGUGAUACGAGUGUUCUCCGUGCCAGAGGGACAGAAGUUAUUUGAAUUCAGAAGAGGAGUGAAAAGAUGUGCUAGCAUCCACUCAUUGGCCUUCAGCAUAGACUCCAUGUUCCUGUCAGCAUCCAGCAACACUGAAACUGUUCAUGUCUUCAAACUUGAGAUUCCAAAGGACAGACCACAAGAUGAACCACAGACAUGGGUGGGAUACUUUGGUCAAGCUCUGAAAUCCUCCGCGACAUACUUACCGUCACAGGUCACAGAGAUGUUUAACCAGGGCAGAGCAUUCGCCACAUCCAGACUUCCAACAUCAGGGCUCCGUAAUGUGUGUGCACUGACUAUUAUUCAGAAAGUACCACGUUUAUUGGUGGCUUCUCAAGAUGGCUACCUUCACAUCUACAACCUGGACCCCAAUGAAGGUGGAGAAUGUAUGUUACUGCGACAACACAGGUUGGAUGGGAAGCUUGGGGAGGUUCCUGGUGAGACAGCUCCCCACGACAAACCUCUGACGGCAGCCGGAACGAGCUACGCAUCCACUUUACGACGACCAGACCCCAGUCCCCCGGGAACGGCUACACCGGUACCACCAGGUAAGCCCUCGGGGACCGACGCCCACUUACCACAAUCACCCACCACAUACUCACCUGUGGCCCCAAACCCUAGGAGCAGCUAUGCCAACAUGGUGAAGAGGAUGGGAGGGCCACAGGAAGUAGCGGUUGGGUUGGACGAUGAGCAGGACCCCAUGGAUAUAAUUGAUGAAAUUCUCAAUGGCGCAGAGUCCCAGCCGUAUCAGGAGGUAGACCAAGGUGCUAUGGGUGGUGAAGGAGGUGGCUCCCCUGGCCUCGGACAGCUCCGGCUCGAUGAUGAUAAUGAGUUCCCACCAAUGACACACAAGAACGACUGAAACCAUAACGUGUCCAGGUCACCAUAAACUGCCAGAGGUCGUCGAAAAUGGAUUGGAGAAUAUAUUUGGUGUGGGAGCCACUGCAGAUUUGAAAGAUUUCUUGGAGCAAUAUCAGUGAUGUUUUAGCAAGAUUAAUGUGUAAAGGAGAAAGUCAUAUAAAAGAGGAUGGUUAAUACUGAUGAUUUCUGGGGGGGAAAAUCAACUGAAAUAAAAAUUGAUUUAAGGAAAAUUGCCUUUUCAUGUUACAGAAUGUAUUUCAUAAUACAGGUGAGAUUUUAUCCUGAACACAUUUUCCAUAUAGUAUAUGAAAUAUAUUGAAAAUCAUGAAAAUGUUCUUUUUGCGACUAUACAAUGUUCAUGUUUAACAGGAACAGUAUUUUAUCAUUUUUAGUCCUUGGUAACCAGCUACUACAUUCCCAGCCUGGCCUGAUAGAUGUAGCGAAUCUAACCAACGCUGUAUCUAUGGCUGUUGUACUAGUUAAAUUCAUUUUUUCAACCACAUUUAGGACAAGGGACAUAUCUAACUCUGAGAACGACUUCUACUAAUUUUAUGAUAUCAGCAAUUAUUUGAUUUCAGCUGAGUUUAAAGCUUUUUUAAAAUCAUGCACCUUGCUUUCCAGUGUCAAAUUUAUUAACUGUACAAGUCAAUUAUAUUUGUUGGUGUUUUUGUAUGUGAUUUAAUCUAUUCUAAUAAAGCAAUUUGGUCAAAUACAUUUAUGUUUAAAUAAAGUGAUGUAGUCUAUUUUGAAUACAUUUUGUGAAACAACUGGACUAAAUGUAAUAAACUGUAUGAAUUGUGUGAUUUGACCUGAUGAAAUCAAGCUUCUUUUGUCUUCCUAAUUCUAGCACAAUUAAUGCAUCAGCUAUCAGCCCUUUUAAAGUUAUCAGAUACAAUUUCUUCACCAUUUCAAACCAAUUAACAUGAUAAAUUCCAUUGUAUGAGAUGUCCGGUGUGCUGUAAUUGUGAUGUGUGGACAGCGUGUCCCUGCUACACGUGAUGUCAGUGUUUGUUAUCCUGCCUGUCUCGGCUGUUUAGCACUGUUGUUAGUAGUGUCUUAGGGAGGACAGGUUUUGUAGACUGUACUUCUGUUUUCUUAUUGGUAAAUUGCUGUACUUUAAUAAUUAAACUGACACUAGACAUAUAGUUAUCAAAAGCCUUUCUAAUGGUAAACAUAUAUGUGUGUAUACAUGUAUAUAUGAAAAGGGGGUGGGGAAACAAAGAUUUAAGCAACUGCCUAGCACUUUAACCUUUUCAGAGGUUCGUUGGGGGAUUAAGUAAAGUGGGUAGAACCAGGAGAAUUAUCAUAAUAUUGUUAGAUGAAAAUCAUUUUUAAUCCAAUGACAUGCCUAUUUUGUGUUGAGGUAUAUGAUAAAGAAUGUAGCAUGUCAUUAUAUUAAUGACUCGAUCCUGGAGAGUAAUACCUCGGUAAGUCACCACAGAAAUGUUCAUCAGCAAUGUCAAUGCUCAGGUAGGAUGUUAGAAACUAGCCACAAGUAUGUAUAUACAGUCAUAAUACCUUAACAGGUACACAUGUAGGCCAAUAGGAAGGGCUCCGGUAGUGUUACAUGUAAGGGGGAACUUGUGAGCUGAAACCUUAUAGAUUAUGUAUGAUUUGAAAAACGUUGAAAUGUAUGACUGGUAGAAACCGAACACUGGCGUCAUGUCAGUUUUGGUGCAGUUGACAUGGAGAACAGCUUCUAGUCAAAAUGGUUUACAGCUAAACAAAGAAAAACAGUUCAGUUGGUCAGUCAUCAAACAUCUCUUGUUGUAAAAAAAACAACAUGAUCAAUAACAAGAUACUUUUUUUCUUCUAAUUAUUAAUUCAUGUAUUUAAUGUUCUGUAUAAAUUUAACUAUAUCAAUUUUGUGAUAACAUACUGCUAUGUGAGGAUGGAUGGUACAUGUGAGGAUUAAAUGUGUAUUUUUGUGACUACUCAUUUGUCAUUGGACGUGGCACUCCUGAACUGCUUCCUGUGUACCCACAGGGACAUAUAUCAUUACUGGGAAAAUAUGUCGGAUACAGUUGAUGUAUAUUUAGUAAGGAUUAUGAUGUCCUAGUUAAGGACACCCACUUCUGUGGUGAAAACAGGGCCCUUGUACGUCUUUGUGAGGAGGUAUUACUUCAACUUCAAUAACUGUUAAUAAAUAUUUCUUAUGACGCCAUUA